UGGGGGACUGCUGUGUUGAGGGACACUUGUUGGGGUGCAGCAGGUGAUCGAGGCUUUUUUUUUUCCCCUACCCGGGACCCGCAAAAGCAGCCAAGACGCCUCGUGCGGUGCUCCGAGUGAAAAAUGGGGCGUCCAAGCUCCCGAAGCCCCCCACCGACCCGGGGAGCGCCCCGGGCAUGUUCAUGGAGAGGUCACAGAGCCGGCUUAGCCUGUCUGCAUCGUUCGAGGCUCUGGCUAUCUAUUUUCCCUGCAUGAACUCUUUCGAUGAAGAAGAUGGGGAAGAUGGACGCAAGCUUAAAGGUGCUAUUCAGCGAAGUACGGAGACUGGGCUUGCUGUUGAGAUGCCAAGUCGGACUGUACGUCAAGCAAGCCAUGAAUCCAUAGAAGAUAGUAUGAACAGCUACGGAUCUGAAGGAAACGUCAACUACAGUGGAAUGUGCGUGGCAUCUGAUGGUCAGUUUGGUGAUUUCCUUUCUGGCAUGGGCCCAGCUCAGUUUGUUGGCCGGCAGACACUAGCGACCACAUCAAUGGGGGAUGUUGAAGUUGGACUGUUGGAAAGAAAUGGACAACUUGAAGUAGAAAUCAUUCAAGCGCGAGGUCUAACGGCUAAGGCUGGUUCUAAGACACCACCAGCUGCUUACAUAAAAGUUUAUCUACUAGAGAAUGGUCUGUGCAUCGCUAAGAAGAAAACAAAGAUUGCUCGAAAAUCAUUAGAUCCUUUGUACAAUCAAGUGCUUGUAUUUUCAGAGAGUCCUCAAGGGAAAGUAUUACAGGUAAUGGUUUGGGGAAAUUAUGGAAGGAUGGAGCGGAAGCAUUUUAUGGGAGUUGCAAGAAUACUUCUGGAAGAGUUGGAUUUAUCAAGCAUGGUUAUCGGCUGGUACAAGUUAUUCCCGACCUCUUCAAUGGUUGAUCCAUCAACAGGUCCACUUCUCCGUCAAGCUUCACAACUUUCUUUGGAAAGCACUGUGGGACCAUGCUGUGAGAGAUCUUAA